AUGGGGCUCUUCAAACACGCCCUAUUAUUCUUGCUUUUUGCACGCACUUUCCAGUUGGAUAUUCGUGACGAAAGCUUUUUGAGAUUUUGUGGCAAAACGGCUGGGCUUGAGACUAGAGGUGGCGAUUUGGAUGGUUUGACGUGCAAAGUCAAAUGGAGAGUCACGACUACACAGGUGACAUUUAAUACUCAGUCAAGUACGCAGGCAAAUUAUACCUAGUUUUUUUGCAGGAAGAAGUUGAGCAAUUGUGCAAAAAUCUCGCGCCGUAUCCAGUGAGAAAAUCGGAAAUCGUCGAUGUCAACAAACCCGAAUGCACCUACGAAAAUGUGUACACGUGUCGACCAGACUACACACAAAUCAAUGGACAUUGCUAUCGCAUCAUGUCGGCGAAACGCGUGCAUUAUUCGGAUGCGCAACAAAUGUGCGCGGCUGAAAAAACGCAUCUGGAAAUGAGUGGUGAAGAAGUUGGUAGUGAGAUUGUUGAUUUGUUUGAUGAGGAUUUGAUUCGAUGGUUUGAAUGUGAGCAGAUGGACUUUUAUGCAGUGUUUUUAACGUCAAAUUCAACGUUUUUUAACGUUCUUCAACGUUUUUAACGUUUUUAACGUUACAAAAACGAGAAAAUGUCCCACGUGGCCGCUGAAGCGGUAGAUAGUGCCGCUGAGGCGGAAGCUUGCGGUCUACACUCGCUCCGCUCGAUUUUGCCACGUCAUAACUCAUGUUUUACAGUUUUUGACAACAAAAUCGUGAAGAGCUGCUCGAAAACUACGAAUAUUCCAUUACGAACGUUUUUUAACGUUAAAAAACCCGAAAAAGUGAUUUACGAACCGUAUUUUCAUUCAUUUUUCACCAUUUUCUCAAUACAACUGAAUAAAGUGAAGCUAAAACGCACAGAAAUUCGAUUUCAAGACUUUCUAAUCAGCCUGAAAGACAAAUCAAGCUUUCAAAAUCAAAUUAUUGAUUUUUUGGGAGGUGAUUGUCUUUUAGGUGAUUGUAUUUUAGACAAUCACCUCCCAAUAAAUCAAUAAUUUGAUUUUGAAGGCUUGAUUUGUCUUCUAGGUUGAUUAGAAAGUCUGGAAUUACUAUUUUUGUGCGUUUUAGCUUCACUUUAUACAAUUAUGUUGAGAAAAUGGUGAAAAAAGAAUAAAAAUACGAUUCGUGAAUCACUUUUUUGGUUUUUUAACGUUAAAAAACGUUCGUAAUGGAAUAUUCGUAGUUUUCGAGCAGCUCUUCACGAUUUUGUUGUCAAAAACUGUAAAACAUGAGUUAUGACGUGGCAAAAUCGAGCGGAGCGAGUGUAGACCGCAAGCUUCCGCCUCAGCGGCACUAUCUUCCGCUUCAGCGGCCACGUGGAUUGCUAUGACAUGAAAACUGGCUGAAAUUUCGCAUCAUAGCAAUCCAGGUGGCCGCUGAAGCGGAACAUAGUGCCGCUGACGCGGAAGCUUGCGGUCUACACUCGCUCCGCUCGAAAUUUCGAGUGGCAGAGCCGCGAGUGUAAGCCGCAAGCUUCCGCGUCAGCGGCACUAUGUUCCGCUUCAGCGGCCACCUGGAUUGCUCUGAUGUGAAAAACGUAAUGAUAUUUCGCAUCAUAGCAAUCCACGUGGCCGCUGACGCGGAAGCUUGCGAUCUACACUCGCGGCUCUGCCGCUCGAGCGAAGCGAGUGUAGACCGCAAGCUUCCGCGUCAGCGGCACUAUCUACCGCUUCAGCGGCCACGUGGAUUAAAAAACGUUUUUUACGUUAAAUUUAAAGUUAAAAAAACGUGUUUAACGUCAAAUUGAAUGAAUCACAUAUUUUCAGUAUAUUUCGACGAGAUGAGCUCAAUCUGGAUCCAGCCCCGCGACGAUUUCAAAGAUCGCGUCGAAUUCGCCGGUGACAGCGAUAACUACGCGAUCGUCUAUGGAAUGUCGACAUUCUACAACAUUGGGCCGAGUUCGCUGAUCAAAAUGCCGACGAAUCAUCGUGCGCAAGCCAUGUGCUUCUAUCGUCCCGAAGAGACGCCGACCAGUUUUGGGUAUAAGGCUGCCAAGUUGGGCGAAUUCUAUUGGCCGACUUUGAUGCGUGGGGAGUUGACUGUUUGGCGCACUUCUGGGGCUUAUAAUUAUUGGUGAGGUGGUGUUUAAAUGCGCAUAUAUCUGAGUCUGAAGGUCUCGAAGCGAUUUUGAGUACUUUAAAGGAGCAUGGAAUGCUGUAGCUUGAUUUAAAGGCGCAUACUCGCUCUAAGCGAUUUUCUCAAAGGUCUUGAAGCGAUUUAUUGUUGUUUAAAGGAACAUGGGGAUACUUGAGCUUGAUUUAAAGGAAGGUCCUUAUAUUUUUCCAGGAAUCAAAACAGCGAUAAAGAAUUUGCAAUAAAUCAAUGCAAAAAAUCGAUGGCUGCAAUUGCUGGAAGAAUUCCAAUCAACGCAUUCAAUCCAACCAAAGACAAUAUGAAAUUGUUGAAAGAAUCGGCAAAACUCAAAUCCGCAUUCAACAAGGCCUACGCAGCCACAUAUGUUUGUUGUUAUCAGACUCCAUAUUGGUCCAAUGGUUACCAACAUUAUCAACGACACAUGACGAUUUUGCAUCACUCGAAUAAUAAUCCAUCUCCGUUUUAUUGCUAUACGGAUACAAAGUUGGCGAAUAUGCAAACAAAUUUUUAUAGUUUUUCGGCGAAAUACCAUAGAGAUGAUUGUGCCGAUAGAGUGGGAACUUUUUUGACCUAUCCUGAACUUGUGUGAGUUUUUUCUGGGGUUCUCAAAGUUCUCGAAGCGAUUUACAGUACUUUAAAGGCUCAUACUCGCUGUAAGCAAUCUUCUCAAAGGUCUCGAAGCGAUUUAGAGUAUUUUAAAGGAACAUGGGAUACUGUAGCUAGGUUUAAAGGCGCAUAUUCGAUCUAAGCGAUGUUCUCAAAGGUCUCGCAGCGAUUUCGAAGGAACAUGGAACACUGUAGCUAGGUUUAAAGGCGCAUACUCGCUCUAAGCAAUCUUCUCAAAGGUCUCGCAGCGAUUUCGAGUACUUUAAAAGGGCAUGGGAUACUGUAGCUUGAUUUAAAGGUGCAUACUAGAUUUUCUGUCGUGUUUAGAGUCAAAAUGAUGCUCUCCGGGUCCCGCAGCGAUCUACAGUAACCUCGAAAUUCUUCAGAGACAAUUACGAGACUACCGAAGUCUACAAUCGUCAAGACGCCCCAAUUCUCUGCUCGAUUUUUGUCAAACAAAUCCAGCAACGCACAAAAUGUCCAGAAAAAUGGAAAACGUAUCAAAGAGGAAGCGGAAGAGUUGUUUGUCAUAAGGUGUUCAAUCAAAAGGUUUGCAGCUACUCCAAAUUUUUUUUUUCAAAAAAAAAAAAAAAAAAAAUUUCCAAAAAAAAAAAAAUUUCAAAAAAAAAAAAAAAAUUUCAGAAAAAGUUUGAUGAAGCUCAAACUGCAUGCCGAGCAAUCGGUGGGCAACUCUCAACUUUUGUCGAAGCCAAGGAAUUUGAGGUGCUCCGCGAUAAUACGAGAUUUUGGAUUGGCGGCCGUAAGCGGAGCAAUUGCCCGGUUGCGGCUGGAGAUGGAGAGUGCUCCAAAAAGAAUGUGAGUGACCUAGUGUAAAUGCGGAGUAUCGUUUUGUUUUUUAGAUCCUGGUUUGGGAUAGUCCUGGUUUCGAAUACUAUUCGUCUGAAUUUUCGACAAUUAUUGCUGGAAUUUGGAAUGAUAGAGAGCCGAAUAACCAGGGAUCCAAUGAGUAUUGUAUUGAAUAUAGACAUGACACACAAAAGAUUAAUGAUCUUUCGUAAGUUGCUCGUUUUUCCCCGGGGCUCAUCCUCCGACUUUAAAAUUAUUGUUUUUUUUUUCGCAGAUGCUCUGAGAGAAUUUACUAUUCUUGUAUCAAAGAUGCUGGAUACUGA